AUGGCGGCUGCCAAACCUCCCCAAUACGACCCGGUGAAAACGGUAGAAGGCAUGUUCAACGGAUCAGUCACGCGAAUCGCAUACGCCAUCAAAGACCCAGCAAACUACGCGCAAUCGACGAAAGCCGUGCUGGCCGAAACGGCGAAGAAAUUCCAAGACGCGCUCGACGACUGCGAGAUCCAGAUCCUCGAGGCGAAAUGGUACCUCGAGCAUCAACUUGCCGUGAACAAGGCGCGACGCGAGGAAAAGGCCAGGCAAGAGAGCGCCGCUGCCCACGCGAAGAGGAAGCGUGAGGAAACGACCGAAGAUGAGCAAAGCAAGCCUGUGGAGAAGAAGGAAGGAGGAGACAAUGCCAACGCCCAGAAACGCGUCAAGACAGCAGAAGCAGAGCCUCAGGCAUCUUCACAGACCCAACAACCCUCGAAGUCGCCUUUGCAACCGCAACCUGCCGUACCUCCUGGGGAGCCGGCAGAGCAACCCGCUGCUCAAAAAGCAGAAAAGAAGCCCGCCAAUCUCCAACAGAAAGAGAAGCCAUCGAAACCGAAUAUUAAACAACCGCCAGAGCCGACGACGGCGACAUCGACAUCACAAGCCUCGACAGGAACCGGACCUCCCUCGAAACCACCACACAACAGGCCUCAAAGCAUACAAAUACCUCCGAACAACUUAGCACACACGACGACGACAACCACCGCAGACGAGCUGCCGAAAGACACGCCACAGGACAAUACAUCGGCAAUCGGAAACGACGACUUUAAUUUCGUCUCCAUGUUCGGCGAGCCGUCCGGCGGCGACAACAUGGACGGUAGUGGAAACGAGUUGAACUUCGACCUCAACGGUCUCGACGGCGCCAACAACAUGAACAUGAACAUGAACGUCCAGGACGCUUCCUUGAACUCGCUACUGCCCGGUCUGGAGUCUUAUGCCAACCAAGCAGGCGAUGACAGCAGUUUCAACAUGGCUGGAAGUGGAACCGGAACCGCAGACGUGAACCAGGGCUCUGGAGCUGGAACCGAUUCAGGCGGCGCGACAACCACGAACAACAACAACAACGCCCAACAACAGCAGAUCAACAUAUCCGACUUCAGUCUUCCGGCCCUGGGACCGAAUGAGUUCGAUGAUCUUCUCAACUCCAAUGAUAUGAAUUUUGAUGAAGCCAUCAACUUGAACGAUGAUGGGACGAUGAACAUGGAGAGCAUGGACCUGGAUUUUGACAGCAUGUUCAAAUGA